CUAGUGGUUCUGUAAUGUUGCAGUGGUUAACUGUUGAGUUGUGUAACUAAUGUGUUCUGUUUUCAAAGGUUGCACUGCUGGUCCUGAGUUGUGUUCUGAACAGUUCCAUGGCUGGGGUAGUGUGUACGUGUGUCGGCCACGCUCAGGGAGAGCGCGGUUGAUGUGUACCAGUGUGAGCCCAAAUGAUUAAUCAGUUCCAUCGUGGGAUUGAGGAGAACAAAAGCUGUAACCAGAGCCUACUGUAUCAAAUAGCCACAGGAACACUGACCACAGUGAGCCUGGAGAGGGGACAGAGAAGAGACUCUAAGAUCCAUCCUGCCUCCCUCAUUUCUUCUCUGACACAGACACGGAUGCUGGAGCAGUCUGCCUCUCCACCUGGGUGUCUGAGCCUGGACUCUGCGAUGCAGCCCACGCCAGCUCCACCGUGACCCAGGCCUCCACCCCCGUCCCUGGGUCUGGAUCCACAGGCCAUCCCCGGCCCCCAUCUGUGCCCGGGACAGGCCUGCCAUGCUGGGGGUCCUUGGUCCCAGGUGGAGCUCUCUGGUGGGGUGUGUGUGGAGGAUUUCUCUGCUGGUCCAUGGAGACGGCGCCAACCAGGACGGCAGGGAAUCACCGACGUGUCGACCAGGGUUCUACUGUGUUGGGGACCGCCAGGUCCCAGAGCCGUGUCCCAGAGGGACAUAUGGGCCCAGUGCUGAGGCCACGUCCAAGGCCAGCUGUCUGAGCUGCCCCCCCCAGCACUACUGCCCCUGGCCAGGCCUGCCUGCCCCCCUGCUCUGUGGUGCCAGGGCUGAGCAGCCUCUUGGGGGGCAGUCUGCCUGCGUAUGUCUGGAAGACGGGAGGAGCUUCCAGGCCAGUGAUGGGCAUUGCCCUUGUGCCCGGGGCUAUGAGGCAGCCAGCCAGGGCGAUUUGUGUGUGCUCAGAGUCUACCAUGUCUGCAGAGAUGGAAGCAGCCGCUCACAGUAUGGAAUCUGUCUGGACCCCAAUCAAUGGGAACAGCAAUGUAGGCAAAAGGUGUGUGUGUCUCCAGGAGCCUACCAGGGCUACGAUGGGGCCCUGGGGAUGUGUGUGUGUGGGGAGGGCCCUGGCGGUGCUGAGUGUGGGAACUGGGGCUGCAGGACCGGGGCCAGGGCUGGGGCCAGGCCAGGGGUCACACCCUCCUUGCAGUUGGUGUGUGACUCCUCUGGGGAGCUGAGUCUGGGCUGGAGCGCUGGGAGCAAGUUCCAGGGGCCUGUCUCAGGCCGCUUGCUGGAGCGCGUGUUCCGACACUGGGACUCCCAGGGGAUCCUGCGCUGUGGCAGGAACCUUGUUGCCUCUCGGCACGUCCACAGCCUUCAGACAAGCAACGCAGGUUUCCUCGGCCUCCUCCGUGGCCUACCAGAGGACCUUCUCCAGAUGUUCUCCUCAGACUCACAGAGAACUCCCGGCACCACAGAAGGAACCAAACUCAGAGAAGGAGAGGGCUUGAGAGGAAGUAACUCCAGCUCUGUGGGCGGAGUCAGAACCCCCAGGGUUGGAGGCGGAACCUGGAACUCCAGCGUGGGUGUUCUGAACCCUACAGCCUGUCUGCACCUGGGAGACGUUCUGCUGUUCUCUGUCAGUAGGGAACACUACCCUCAGUAUGACAUUGAGAACCUGUACAACACCAACUCUGAGUUUGACUGGGGGCCGUUCAGACAGCUGGAGGAGGAGCUAACACUCUCCUGGACCCCGCCCACUCUCUUCUCAUUGGUUCUCAGCCAGCCGGGGGUGUACGUCUUCAGGCUCAGCAGCCAGCGUCACAAACACAUGUACGUGAGAGUGAUGCCUGCAGGCGGCCAGUGUUAUGAGGCCGGCCCCUUCUUUCCCGCUGUACCUCGUCACAUGACCAGGAUGGGCAUCGCCAGGCAACGAAACCUGUUGCUGAGACCUGAUUGGCUGGUGACCGGAGGCUUGGUGGUUGGAGCUAUGGUGAUCCUUAGCUUGUGUGUGACACUACUGAUCUUGUUCAGAGAAUAUGGUUGGCCAGAGAAGGAGCCAAUCAGAGUGCGGUAUCGUGCGUUGCAGAAGGCUUACCUCAUGGAUGACUACUCAUCCAGGGGCUCCAGGGUGACCACACUGAGGAAGACACACCGCAACCUGCAGGGCAGGAUAGACACCACUCUCCAGCCAGGAGCAGUGCUGAGCGUGGAGGCUGAGGAGUUCUGGGACUAUGAGCAGCAGGUGGACCUGGAGGCCUUCAGCUCAACCACGUUUUACCGCCUGCUGCUAAACCACAGCCUGGCUGUCACCUCCCGGCUUAGCCAGCUCACCGGAGAGGUGAAGGAGCUGUACCAGGGAGUGCAGGCCAACCUGCGGAGCCUGCAGCCCAGGUGGUCUGCAGCCCUGGGGAGGCUGCAGGAGGGGGAGGCCCACCAGAGGCUGCAGAGGGAGCUGGAGAGGGAGGUGGGCCGCCGCAGGACUCUGGCCCAGCAGACCAGGGCCCUGCUGGACAACCAGCUGCAGGUUCUAAGGUCGGGGCUCCAGGCCCAGAGGAAGGCCCAGCAGGGCUUCACGGCCCGGCUGAGGGAGAGCCUCAGGUUGCUGGGGUGGAGCCGCAGCACCGUGCCUGUCUGGGACCAACACUCACCACAUGUCCUGCGGAGGGUGUGGUCCCUGGUGAGUGCGCUGGCAGAGCAGGUGAGAGGGGACUGCCAUCGCCAGGGGGCCUGGGCCCUGCUGGGGGAAGGCACCGGGGCACGGCUGCUCUGCCCGGACACAGGAGCCGUACUCACCAAGGACGACAUCUUCGCUCCAGAUGGCUUGUUGCGUGUGGGCGGAGUGUUGCAUUCUGACCCAAUCACAGGCCUGAUCCGACCAGGCACCCAUGCCCACAUGCUGCUGGGGAGUGGGCACAGCACGGCAGUGCCCCCAGACUUCUUCCUGCACCCUCAGACCUGCAGGCUGAUGCCCAUCGCGGGCAAUGUGGCCUACGACCCCGACACUUCCACCCUGAUCCUGACCACCGACUGCUACACCGGAAACAGUAGGAAAUGGGAGUGUGCUCUCCUGCCCUUCGUCCUCUACCCGGUUUCCCGUCACUCCGACAAGCCCCUGGCGCCCACCAGGCUGAGGGGCCUUCGCCCAGGCCAGAGGCUGCAGCUGGGAGGCCCCAUGUUGGACCCAGACUCCGGGCUCCUGGUGCCCAUCCUGGCUGUCACCAUCCACCCCCAGACGGGCCUGGUCUACCCCCUGGGAGGGGUGUCUGUCUGCCCCCUUACCCACCUGCCCCAGCCUAUACAGCUGGGCUCGCCUAUGCUGGACCCCCGCACAGGCAACGUGGUCCUGACCGCUGGCGUUGGGCUGGACCCAGUCACAGGGGCAGUGUUGCCAGUGGGCGGAGUCCUACUUGGCGGGUCCUUCAUCGAGCCUCUGAGUGGUCGACUGGUGAGAGUGGGCGGGGCCAGUGUCAGGGCAGGGCAGUUGGUGCCCCAUGCAGGAGGAUACCAGACCCUGCUGGAUUGCCAGGUGCUGCUGGGCCAGCUCAGAGUGGUGGAGCUGCUGAGAGGACUGAUGGAGGACUGGGGCUCCAGGGACACUAGACUGCAGCCCCCGCACAGCCUCGCUGACCCUCCCCAGCCCUGCCAUUCCCUCCUCCCCCAGACUAACAACCCUCAUCUCCCCCAGCCCAACCCCAACUCCACCCUGAUGAAGUUCUCAAACCCCCCCCAGCCCAACAACCCCGACCUGCCCCAAACAAACCUCACCAACCUGCCCCAACCCAGUAACCCUAAUCUGCCCCAGCCCGACCUCCCCCUACCCCAGCCCGACCCUCAGCCUGACCUGGGACGACUGCAGUUUGCAGUCUUGGAGCUGCAGCAGGUUUCUAGAAGGAGUCUGCACUGCCAGCUACAGCUGCAGACAAGACUGGAGAUGCUGCUGGACUGGGCCUCUGCCGUGGCGCGGGACGGAGGGGUUCUGGGCGAGCUGCCCCUCCCAGACUCAGAGCUGUGUGUCCCAGCGUUGCUGGGGCAGGAGUACCCUGACCCCCAGGGCUCCGGCCUCCAGGUGCCUGUCCUGGGGGCCCAGCCGGACCCCCUGUCUGGGCACAUCUUGGCCUUGGCUGGCACCAUGGAGGACCCCCAGGGGAAAGGACUGGUGGCGAUCCGCUGCGGUGCCCUGGCCAUCGACCCGGUGACGGGGGGACUGGCUGCCGUGGUGGGGGCCCGGCUGGACCCGAGCACACGCACGGUGGUGCCCGUGACCGCCCCCUACUGGCUAGCCCUGGGAGAACAGCCUGACAGCAUACAGGUUGAGGCGCUGCAGAAGGAGGUGUGUGUCAGGACCAACCAAUGGCUGCAGCAGCAACAGAAGGAAGAGGAGCUACUGUCUGACCUGGAUGUUGCUGUACAGCGUUGUCUCCACACGGUCUCACUGGACCCUCCUGGACAGGUCCCCUGGGCAGACAGUGAGCGCCAGCUUAGAGAAGCUGUGCUGGAGCUCCAGGAGUCUGGCCAAUCAGAGGCCCAGAGCCGUGCAGCUCGCCAGGGCCACUUAGCCCUGGUCCUGCCUCCCUGCACCCUGCACACACUCACAAUCAGUGAUGCUGCAGAGUGGGAGCAGCGGUGUGUGUGGCAGGCGGAGUUUCUGGCGGGGCUGGACCUGGUCAGUGUGUGUGUGGAGGGCCUUCAGCAGGACCAGGAGAGAUGGACCAAGGAGGGAGAGCUGACAGGAGCAGGACACACCGAGGACUGGGCACUGAGGCAGAGAGAGCUGUGGGAGCAGCUGACCUCCAGACAGGCAGAGCUGGACUCUGCUCUCUCAGCCCUGCACUGUACCAGACUCAUCAGCCAGCUCCACGCAGAGACAGCCCAGGCGGUCCUCUACAGAAAGUUCUGGUACCAGGACUAUGGUCUGGGCCGGCCCAGUGGGCCUGCUUGGGCCGGCGAAGCCAGAACUCCUGUGAAGGUUGUGGGUGUGGCCCAGCAGAAGACCCUGGUCCUGCUGGAGAGACUGACCCAGCUGCUGGAGCAGAAGCAGCCCAGUCUACCCCCCAGCGCCUGCUACCUGCUACCAACCUGCUACCAACACCUCUCUGGUCUGUCCACAAAGCAGGCGUACGGCCUGGAGGCCUGCUCUCCUGUCUGGACAGCAUCGCUCCCUGGGGUCAAAGGAAUCUCCACCCAAUCUCUGAGGGAACCAGUGAGGGCUCAGGGCAGUCGGCCUCACACACACACAGCUCAGAGACACACUGCUGCGUCCUCAGGAGUGCACUCCCAGGAAAGCCAACCAAUGAAGGAGCAGGCUCAUCCAACUCAUGUCUGUGUCCCCACGCUGUCAGAGGAAGAGUGGGACAAGCUGCUGGAGCUCUCUCCUCUGUUCCAGCUCCUCAAAGGGGUGGAGCUACAACUGAGGGGGCGGGCCAGAGAGGUGGGGCUCCUGAGAGUGGAGGCCUGUGAUAGGUCAGGUGUGGGAAGCUCGUUUGUUGAUGUGAUGGAUGCCCAGUGGGCAUGUGAGGGAGAGUUGAUCCCACUGGAGGAGACGUCCCUGAACCUCAGAGAGACGCUGGUCCUCCAGCAUGGCCUCUUCCUUCUCAGGACCCUGCACUCCCUGGGCCUGACUCCAGCUGUGUCACUCCAGAUAGCAGUUAGUCUUCCACCCAACAACUACCACAACAAUGCCUUCCGCAACUCCUUCUUUUACAAGGAGGUGGAGGAGACGGUGUUUGUGCGUCGCCAGCGGCUGCAGUGCGUGGGCGGGUUCUCUCUGCUGCUGACCCACUGCGUGUCACACAUCGCUGUCCGAGACCUCAGCAACGACUGCAGCCCCGCCUUCCAACGAGUCUUCUUCAAGGCACUGCAGGCCUGCAUGGGAGAGCUAUUCCAAGCCAGACUGGGAGGUCUCUCUUCCUGGGACUCCGUCUCCUACUCUAGCCCCCUGUUAGAAAUGCUCAAGAGGCCUAGCCGGAGCCUGCUAUCUCAGGAUGAUGUGGGGAAGCUGCAGCAAAAGCACAGAGAGGUGUCCCUGCUGCGUAGGGCUGAAGACCUACUGAAGGAGAUGAGCAGUUCGGACACACACACAGACACCCUGCUGGGAUGACCCACUGACAGAUGUAGACCCAAAGCAUCAACAAGUACCCUGCUGGAGAAAUGAACUACUGGCAGACACACAGAAGGAGCCUGCUGUAGAGAUAAACCACAGACUAUCACAGACAGAGGUCUGGGUGAAAGGAGUAUUGUAUGUUUAUUAGUCAGCUCUUGGACGGUUGUAAGUCCUGCACAUGGAGCAUUGAGGCUGAAUUGGACUGCUUGUAUAAAUAAAUAUCCAGACAAGUAGGGAUCUCUUAAUCUUCAUUUCAUCAUCUCAAUACUUAAGAUAUAUAAGGGUGUAGUUCAUGUUGAUGCGAAGCAAAAUGAGACAGCUUUAAAAGUGUAUCGAAUAUGUUUGUUUAAAUCCGCAUUUGUGUGGACAUCUAAGAAUUGAAAUAACUUACAAACAACAGAAAAAAUAAAAAUGAUAACUAAAGAUUUUUAUCCUUUAUUAUAGUUUUUUUUAUUCAUUCCAAAGCAGUAUUUGAAUAUUCCUGAAUGAAGGCACAAGCAAGAAAAAGUAUGUGUAGUAUAUUGCAUUCCAGAUGUUUAUUUACUUUAAAGCUGGACAGGAUCAAACACACACACACAAUCACACGCAUGCACACAAAAACUACAGACACACACACUGACACACACACACA